GGUCUCAUUACUAGUGGAUCAUUAUAUGGGGCUUUGGCCGGCUCUGUGCUGGCCUUCAAUGUUGCUGACUUCUUAGGUAGAAAGAGGGAAUUAAUUGUGGCUGCAUCUCUCUAUCUUGCUGGAGCACUUAUAACAGCACUAGCUAUUGGUUUUCCUAUUGUGGUGAUCGGUCGCUUUGUGUAUGGUAUGGGAAUAGGACUGGCCAUGCAUGCUGCUCCAAUAUAUAUUUCUGAGACAGCUCCAACUCAGAUACGAGGUCUAUUAGUUUCUCUCAAAGAGUUCUUUAUAGUUCUUGGAAUGAUAGUAGGCUUUGGGUUUGGUAGUAUUCUUGUUGACAUGGUUUCUGGCUGGCGCUAUAUGUAUGGUGCUAGUACUCCAAUUGCUGUCAUAAUGGGAAUUGGGAUGUGUUGGCUUCCACAUUCUCCUAGGUGGUUACUUUUACGUGCUAUACAAAGAAAGGGAUAUGACCAACAUUUAAAGGAGGCUGCAAUUCUUUCUUUGAACCGCCUUAGGGGUCCAGCUAUUGGUGACUCUGCUCCUCAACUAGUAGAGGAGAUUAUGGCUGAGCUUUAUUAUGUAGGUGAAGAGAAAGAAGUCACAAUUGGGGAGAUUUUCCGAGGAAAAUGCUUCAAAGCUGUUGUGAUUGGUGCAGGACUCCUUUUGUUUCAGCAGAUCACUGGACAACCAAGUGUCCUCUAUUACGCUGCAUCAAUCCUUCAGAGUGCAGGAAUCUCUGCAGCCCAUGAUGCUACUCGAGUCUCUAUUCUGCUUGCCUUACUGAAGUUAAUUAUGACUGCUGCUGCUGUUGUCGUUGUUGAUAGUCUCGGAAGGAGACCUUUACUGCUUGGAGGGGUUUCAGGGAUGGUUAUAGCCUUGUUCCUUCUGGGUUCAUAUUACUUGUUCCUGAAUGAUGCAUUGACUGUUGCCAUAGUUGGUCUUCUGCUGUACGUGGGGUGUUAUCAGAUAUCGUUUGGUCCAAUUGGGUGGCUUAUGAUAUCGGAGGUUUUCCCAUUGCGCCUAAGAGGGAGAGGACUCAGUAUAGCAAUACUUGUCAAUUUUGGAGCCAAUGCUCUCGUCACCUUUGCCUUUUCUCCAUUAAAGGCAUUGCUGGGAGCUGGAAUGUUGUUCUACAUAUUUUGUGUGAUAGGCCUGUGCUCUCUUGUCUUUAUAUACUUUGUUGUACCAGAAACCAAGGGCCUUACGCUUGAAGAGAUCGAGGCCAAAUGCCUGUAGCAUCCGUGUCCUCGGAGUUGGAAGAGCUACGUUUCUGUGCUUGUUAUUGUGAGAGUUAAACAGCAAAAUUGAUCUUCAUCAAUUUGUUGUGUGCAUUUGGGACAGUCAAAUUAUUAAUUUAAAUCUUUUACAUUCACAAAGGUAUUUAAUGGGAAACGUAAAAAAUGUUUUGUAUUGAGGUUUUUUUUCGGGUUUUGUAUUAAGUUAGGAUAUGUGUUUCACCCACAAUUAUAUUCUUUUUGUAUCAUAUACUUUGUCUCUUUGAAUUAAUGAUAUAGAAGAAUUAAUUUAGUCAGAUCAUAAAUAGUAUUGUAAAAUUUCCAAUUCCUCUGUAAAACUUAUAAUGCAUUUUACCGAGUCAUGUAAUAAUUACAUGUUGAUCAGGUGGAUUUUUUGAAUUGCAUGGAACUCGGUGAAUGAGUUGUACUAUUUAUGAUUUGUGAAUAAAUAUAAUUUAUUGUAAA